AUGGUGAACGGGCACGUGGCUUCGGGAUUUUGGAGAAAAUUGGACGUGCCCGGCCCCUCCGCAAGUCGAUCGGAUGGAUGGCAUAAAAUUCGUCAGUGUCGUCAGCAGCUGCGGCUGUCGACUUUGGAAAAUACCGACGAAAACUCGUCGAAAAGCGCGGCGGCGGCCGGAGACAAUUUAAUACAAUAUUGUGGCCACCGUUCGAAAUUUGAAUUUUGA